CAUCAAUACCUACAGGUUGCCGUUUGAUUGGGCGAAGCGCUCAUUGGCUGAUGCCUUAGGACUCACAAGCGUGUCGGCCGCAGACCGUCUCUCCAUUUGUUUCCGCGUCUUGUCUGCCCACCCCAGCUGCUUAUAGUUGUCGUGGAUUCGGUCCUCCGGUGGGAACAGCAAGAUGGCUAUUAUGAUCCCUGAAAUCCUAUGCCUGAUCUGCUCGUUCCUCGACAUCAAAGAUGUGCGCAGAUUCCGGCUUUGCUGCAGAGCCUUCGCGGAUGCGGGCGCCUGCUUCGUCCACAACGAGGUGGUGUUUUACCUGCACCCCACCGACCUAGAAAUGCUUCGGACCAUCUCCUUGCACCCUAUCGCGUCCAAGAAUGUUCUCUCGUUGGUCUACGUCGGCCUCACCAUGGAAAGGGCCAGCGAGUACUCGACGGCGGACACGCGGAAGAUGAACCUGUACGAGUUCUGUGGGCACCUUGCUAUUGUCAAGACCAGAGAGGCCAUGGCACGUCGCCAAUUCGGCCUACCCACCACUAAGAUAGACCUGGACCAGUUCGUCGUACCCUACAAGAACUACGAUGCUACCGUGGCACAGCAGGAGAAGAUCUUGCAGGAGAACGCGGAUAUCUCCUGCAUCGAGGAGGCCGUCUCUCGGUUCCCCUCCCUCGAAGAGGUCACCAUGGCCUCGGGGACUUGGUCCCGGAAGGGCAAGCGGAAGACUCCGUUCGACAGCUGCAUGGUCAUCCCUGGAGAGUUCCUGCUGCCCGAGGGGUGCCGCCAGCUCGACUCUCUGCUCUCGGCCGUGUACAAGGCGAAUAUCAAGUUGAGGAAGUUGACUGUCGGGUCAUUCAGCUGGAAGUUCUUCCAAAAGCCGCCUGCUGAACUCAGCCGCGCUCUUUCUCCUUGUUCCGAGCUGACCUGCCUCGAGUUGUGCAUCGAUACUGCGAGUGAUCUCGUGGGCGACCCAGCUGACGGCGCCGAGGUCACUCACUGCCAGCGCUUGAUGGAAACGGGACUACUACGUGACUUCAUCAAAUCCCUUCACGCGCUCCAGACCCUUCACGUCAUCUUCCAGUGGUACUCGAACGAAAAUAGCUACACCCCUAGACUCGAAGAAGUCAUAGAACCGAGGCACAGAUGGGAACACCUGGACAGCCUCACCCUAGGCAAUAUCAAGUGCGAACGCCAAGAUCUGAUGUCUCUACUGAGGAGGCACAGAAGCACGCUCAAGGAGCUGUGUCUACGGGACAUUUCCCUGCGCUCCACAUCGUGGCAAGCGCUUCUCCCGAAGAUUCGAAAGUGGCUAGUCUUGGACGUGGCCUGCGUCUGCGGCGAGCUGUCCGGACAUGGUGAGGGUAAACCAUACGAAGAAUACUGGGAUCUCUCAUACCCGGACGAGCGCAGCAACAGCGCCCUUCGCUACAGGGUCAAUGACUAUCUAGUAAACGAUACGGUCAAGCGUUGCCCUCUUCAUGAACGGAAUAUAUAUUCGGAUUGACCGCCACCGGAGAGAACGGAGGGCCGAAUGAAGUCGAAGUCAGCGUUUUCAAAUUCCCACCCUGCCUAAGCGAUUGCGCA